AUGCAGCCCACUGGUCGAAAUUUGUCCAUCGCUGUUGUAAGGCGACAAAUUCAUUUUGUGCCUAUGGACGAUAUGAGUAUGUUUUUUAUUCCUUUGAAUGUGUUAUGGGACAUUUUAACGAAACGAAGGCAGCGAAGUCUUAUAGACAAAUGGAAAACCCGUGGUCUUCAACGUCGAGGUCUAACGCCAAGCCCGAACCCGUCUCUUGCGGGUCGUAUCACAAGUCCGUCAUCGCAGGGUUACUUGAAGCAUGACGGUAUGAGGUCACAGUCCUAUCCGAAACUCAACCCGACAACAAAAACAUAUACCUGGAAAGAUAGACAACAAGCAGCAGGGGACCCACUCGAUUCGACGAACAUGGCCGUCGCAAAGACAUCGAAUGCCACGUCGGGCGGAGUAUCUGCGGUUAGUGCUAUGGCAGACGAUAAAAUCAAGUCAAGUGCCCUUCGAAAGAGAUCAAGCCAAAUCCAGGAUAUGGCCUGUCAAACUGAUGCCGAAAUUCUGGGAAUGUUAUUAGCCUUUUUGAGAAACCACAUCCGCGGUGGUGCAGACCCUGAAAGCGGAGAGAAAUCCUUUUUCAGUGGCCUGAACGAUAAGAUAGUGACAUUCUCUGGUAAUGAGGUAAUGUGUAAUCAGGACACGUCCAAUAGUCGGCCGUUUCCCAUCAAUUCGCUUCCAAUAACCGAAUCCCCAAAGGAAACCUGCAACGACUGCAUCCCGGGUCAUACACUGACCAGCGAGAAGUCGCCGUUACUGAGCGCCGACGACGAUUUGGAUAUGCUGUCAAUGGACGAUACGAACCCCGAGUCAGGUAAAGAGUUCAGUUUCUCAAGUAGCUUGCGCGAGUUCCCGUUCAUGUUGAAACGUCGCCAGAAGACCAAGAACAACGAAGAAGAGGUAUCAGAAUUGUCGUGGAUGGCGCAAAGUAGCGCCCAAGGCAGUAUAGAAACAACUCCGGAGAAUUGUCUCUUCCCCAGCGUGUCAGAGUCUCCUAACCCGAUGGCCACGGGUCCAAGAAAGAUCCUUCUCACGCCGCAGUCAUCGUUUGACUCUCGCGACAACGAGAAAGACUGUAACGGCUACGAUCCGUCCUCAGGAACAUUUGUCGAGAGCAGAGAGACGAACGGUGCCGGCUCUUCCGGAGUCGGUGUCGCUGUCGCAAGCUCUGCUUCCAAAGACGCGUGUGUAGCUGCUAUGGCAACGUUAUGCGAGAAGAUCCCGAUUGAGAAGGAAAAAAGAUGGAGUGGUAGCAGUGGAAAUGCUAGCUUUCGCCAGUCCCUAGAAGAAAUGUCCAUGCACGGACUGACGGCUUUGGAAGAUGAGGAAGUCUCCAUGGAGAAGUUUGUAACUUAUCUUAAAAAGAAAGGUAUAUGCGUUGACGAGUCUUCCUUACAAAGUAGUGACGUCUAA